AUGGCUACCCUUCGUGAAAUCGAGCUUCGUCUCAAGUCCGUGAGGAACAUUGAGAAGAUCACGAAGUCCAUGAAAAUGAUUGCGUCCACCAAAAUGACCAAGGCGCAGCGUGCGAUGCAGGCGGGUAAGGCGUACGGCCUUGCCAACUCAGAGCUCUUCCAGCACGCGACCGCUGAGGAUGCUGGCAAGCGCACCCUGUUCCUCGUCAUCUCGUCCGACAAGGGUCUUUGCGGUGGUAUCCACUCCUCCGUGACGAAGGCUACUCGCCGUGCGUUUACCGAGGAGGGCGGCGUCGCGGAGGACUCCCCCGUCAUGGUCAUUGGUGACAAGUCGAAGGCGCAGCUCUCGCGUCUGCUCCCCAAGAACCUGGUCAUGUCCUUCAACCAGAUUGGCCGUGACAUCCCGACGUUCUCGGACGCGGCCGGUGUUGCCGACCUCAUCCUCACCUCCGGCGUCACGUACGACAAGAUCGCGAUUGUGUACAACAAGUUCGUGUCCGCCAUUUCGUACGAGCCCGCUAUCAUCGAGGUCGAGCCCGAGGCCCUGCUCAAGGAGUCGCCUGGCUUCCGGACUUACGAGCAGGAGGACGAUGUCACGAGGGAUCUGGCUGAGUUCACCUUCGCCAACGCCAUCUACGCUGCGCUUGUCGAGGGCCAUGCUUGCGAGCAGAGUGCUCGUCGCAACGCCAUGGACAACGCGUCGAAGAACGCGGGUGACAUGAUCAACCGUCUGACUCUGCAGUACAACCGUGGUCGCCAGGCUGCCAUCACGAACGAGCUGGUCGACAUUAUCACUGGUGCGAGUGCGCUCUGA